UUUUCCCUUCCCCUUGCCGUCAGUCAGGCGCGCGCGCGCGCCCCAACCGUCGGCGUCGGUUAUGUUUGUAGCUCCUCCCCGCAAGAGGCAGGGAGCGAGGGGCGUGGCUUGCCCUGAGUCCGGCGGCGGGCUCGUCGCCCGUCCCUCAGUAACUUGCCCGCUGCCUUUUUAUUAGGCGAGCCUCGCCGCCGCGGAGUUUAUUGGCGCCGGAGCCGCAGCGCGGAGAGAGGGAGCCGGGCUCGAGUGGGCGGCUGGGCGGUCGGGGCUCGCUCCCCCGCCGGCUGGUCCGGCUGGCUGGCCGGCCGGCGUCCCCGCUCGCCGCUCUCGGACGAUGCUCCGGCUGCUGUCGUCGCUGAAGUUGGGUCGGCUGUACCGCUACGCGAAGCUGGCGUUGCUGGGGGUGCUGGCGGCGGCGCUGGCCCUCAACUCUCCCUCGCUGCUGGCCUCGCUGCAGCGGAACGAGCUGGCGGAGCGGCGCUUCCUGGCGCUGAACAAGUGCCCGGCCUGCUGGGGGACGAGCUGGUGCCGCAAGUUCCUCAACGGGCAGCUGCGCCUGGAGAGCUGGGGCCGCCUCCGCCUCCUCGACUUCCUCAACGUCAAGAACGUCUACUUCGCCCGCUACGGGGAGCCCCGCGAGGGCAGCCGCCGCGUCGUCCUCAAGCGCCUCGGCUCCGCGCGGGAGCUGGCCGACAUCGACGCCAAGAUCUGCCGCCGCGCCACCGGCAGGGGACGCUGCGACCUCCUCCAGGCCCUCCACGCCACCGAGUUCGCCAGCGUCAACGGCGACGUCCGCCUCCUCACCCCGGAGGUCGUGGAGGGAUGGUCCGACCUGGUCCACUGCCCCUCGCAGCGCCUCCUCGACCGCCUCGUCCGCCGCUACGCAGAGACCAAGGACUCCGGCAGCUUCCUCCUCCGGAACCUCAAGGACUCGGAGCGCAUGCAGCUCCUCAUCACCCUCGCCUUCAACCCGGAGCCCCUCGUCCUCCAAAGUUUCCCUUCUGAUGAAGGAUGGCCAUUUGCAAAGUAUUUGGGAGCAUGUGGAAGAAUGGUGGCUGUAAACUAUGUGGGAGAAGAACUGUGGAGUUACUUCAGUGCCCCAUGGGAAAAACGAGUUGACCUGGCAUGGCAGUUAAUGGAAAUAGCAGAACAACUGACAAACAAUGACUUUGAAUUUGCACUCUACCUCCUUGAUGUCAGCUUUGACAACUUUGCAGUAGGCCCUAGAGAUGGGAAGGUCAUCAUUGUGGAUGCGGAAAAUGUUUUGGUGGCGGAUAAAAGAUUAAUCAAACAAAAUAAACCUGAAAACUGGGAUGUUUGGUACGAAAGCAAGUUUGAUGACUGUGAUAAGGAAGCUUGCCUCUCUUUCUCAAAGGAGAUCUUGUGCACUCGUGUCACUGUGGACCAUAACUACUAUGCUAUUUGCCAGAACCUUUUAUCAAGACAUGCCACCUGGCGUGGCACUUCUGGAGGCCUUCUUCAUGAUCCUCCAGCUGAAAUUGCCAAAGAUGGUCAACUUGAGGCCUUGCUGGAUGAAUGUGCCAAUCCAAAGAAGCGAUAUGGUAGAUUCCAAGCUGCAAAAGAAUUGCGUGAAUACCUUGGCCGACUAAGUAAUAAUGUGAGGUAGUUCAUAAUGGUUACAUGGUCAGAAACUGUAUGAUGCUGGGACAAAGGCAUAUGGACAAUUGAGUUCUGAACAUUAAAUAAGAACAAGUAGAAUGAGAGAAUAAAUUCCACAAACUAAUGUGGUACGUUGAAGAUGUUCUGUAUAAACAGACAAGGCUACAUAUCUCACUGCAACUUGAGCUACUUUUGAUUCGCAUGGGAAGAAUGACAACUUAAUUGACUCACAUCAAUAGGACUUUACAUAAACCUGUGUUACUACCACAGUUUUAUGAGACAGAUACCCUUCAUUGGAAAGUCAAGUUGUAUUGGCCUGUUUUAAAGGCUUUUAUUUCUCAUAUCAUUGUGUCUACCCCAUUUCAUCCCUGCAUACAACUUACUUAAGUGGUGUUUAAGUACAUGCCGAUAAGCCCUAGGUGUCCCUUGUUCUUGAAACUAGUAAGUUUUCAUCUAAUGCUGUGUACCAUUUUUGUACAGGAUCCUAUGACUACUCUCAUAUUGAGUCCCCCCCCCACAUUGUUUCUUACUGUUUGUAUGCCUUAUUAAGGACAUGCUUAUAAAAGCAGUCUUAACUAUUGUGUGAACAUAAACUAAUUACAUCUGAAUUCUUUGUAAUUCUACUGCAGGUAGUGCUUCAAAAGUUGGUUAAAAUAUAAAAUUCCAUCUAUAUUACAGUAUUUAUAAAUGUCCAGUCAACAGGAAAUUACUGUAUGAGAAAGUAAGUACUAAUAAAGAUAAAUGAUUCAAUCCAGACUUAAUCAUGCCUAUAGCAGACCCACUGAAAUCGGUGGAAUUUAACUUAGUCAUGAUUAGAUUAAAUUUGGGUAUAUCAGUGAGUGUCUUCAAAGCAUGUUGGACACUGGAUCAAACCUAAAGUUUGUUUGGGAAGAAGCAGUACAGUUAGUUAAAAUGAAAUCAAAAUAAAUUCUUUGCUAGUAUAGUAAACCACAAGCCAAAGAAAAUGGUUGUGUAUCAGUCUCUAGUUGCUUAAAAUUAUAUACUGUAGUGACAUUAACCCACUGACAGUUUUCAGCAGGUUUAUAGUUACUCUUGAGAAACUUCACUUCUAGUUAAAAGUCUAGGAAGCUCUACAUGAAAAUUGGAAAAUGCCUAGCAGGCUAGCAUUUGUUCUGCAUUAUUCACAGUUCUGCUGAAUUUGCAAUGUACUGUAAUGAUGUUUACGGAACAUUCAUCCAUGAGGUUGACUAUUUAAUAGUACUCUUCAUGUUUACUGUAGAGGCCUUGCAUUGCAUUAAGUCUUUAAGUUGGAGUCCAAACAAUCUUCAAAUGGCUGUUCUGUACCUGAAAUUGCUCCCACAAAUUAGAAGUUGAAUGACAAAGUAGAUCACAGUUAAUAUGUAUCUUUUUAACAAAACAAAACAAUAGAAAAGAGCUUGUUUACCUUCUGUUUCUUUAUGAUUGCAGUUAUAGGCUUUCUCUUGAUUAAAGAGAUGAAACUCUUGUCCCAAACAAAGGCUCCUAUUUACAAAUUGAGCCAACUGACAGCAGCUAGCCACAGUUUUUAAAGGUGAAAUGGGAUGUCUUUGCUCUGAGAAUGAUCAGUAUAGUGCUGAAAAAUGAAUUUGGAUAGGCUGAGCCUGUAGGAAAGUAAUGGAAAAAGUCUACUCCAUUUCAAAGCUUUGAAAAUAAGCAGAUUAUCUCAGAAAGUUGUAAAAAUAAAUUGCAGAGCCUUUCAUUAAUUUCUGUUUGGGCUGACAGUCAUAAUAUAAAGCUGCUUAUUUGCACAUUGUCUCUACAGUGUAGCUUUCAUUCAUUUAAUUGUUGUAACUAUCUCCUCCCAGAAUAAUUCUUUUUUGCCAUGGCAACCUUUUUUCACCUCUGAUACGACACAGCCCAGAGAACAUGAGGCAUGCUUGGGACCCACUGAAAUAAUUUAGAUUUUAGCGUGUGAAAUCCUAGUUAUUUCAGAAAGCAUAGUGUUGCCUAGUUUUUUUCUGAAUUCACUUUCAUGUAUUUACAUAGGAUUUACAUUUGCUUUGUUUUGAUUCAGGUUCUGAGCAAAACAAAUAUGAGACAGAACACUAGCCUGCCACAAAAGGCCUUGUUUUACCACAAUAUUAAUUUAAUACCCACACUUUCUGAUGAAUGAGAUAUAUGAUUGUUGUAGGCUUUAAACAACAGAAAACACUGCCAACUAUUGAGGCAGUUCAGCUGCCAAAUGUUCCUUGUGAGGUUGGGGUUUGGAAUUCAUUAUUCCCUCUUGAAAUCAUGUGCUGAUAUGUAGGAUUCUAAUGACAGAAAGAAUCCACAGUUUUCAGUCUACAGGGAAAACACCUUUGUGGAAAGCAAUAAGUUUUCUUCAAUUUGCACCUAUCAAGUAUUUAUUGUACAAGGACAAUUUAUAUUUUUAGUCAUUGCCCACAAAUAAUGGUGAAAUAUUUUUGAACAACAUGUUUGGGGUUUGUAUGUGCAUAAAAAUUGUCUUUUGUACUGUAAGUUACUGUUUAAUUUGAUUAUCAAAACUGUCUCCUGUGCCUUUAUACUAAGGUUGUUUUUACAACUUCUCUUGACUAUUAAUAAAAAAAUACUUUAUGAAA